AUGCAGGCUGUGGCUGAUGGUGGGGAUCCAUUGGGGGAAGCAACAGGAUCUGAAACAGAAACAGGGCGGAAUUCAGAGGGUGAUGAGUACAAGGAGACGCAGGAAGAGCAGAUACAGGAAAAUCAAGCAACUUGGUCACUGGCAGUAGAAUCAGGUGCUGUUUUGUACGAUGAAGAAGAUAUUAUGGGGAUUUUGCAAGCACAAAAUGAGGAAAUAGCGGCGAAGGGAAGGCUGGCGAAGCAAAAAGAAAAGGCGAGAAGGAGUCGGCCAAAGAAUAAAAAUAAGUUGAUGGAUUUGCCUCUUACUGAUAAGAAGUAUACAUGGUUUCGGGGACGAUCUUGUAGUCGGAUUGAUAGAGUUCUGGUCAAUAUUGAAUGGACUGAGAAGUUUCCAGAUAUUCGGCUAAAAGGUGGCCCGAGGGGAUUGUCCAAUCACUGCUCGUUGAUAUUGGAAGGUACAAGAUUAGGAGGGGGCCCUAGACCAUUUAGAAGCCUGGAUUCCUGGUUUACACAUGAGGGAUUUCUGAGAAUGGUGAAGAAUGAACAGAGAAGCUUGGGAGAAGCACAGUUCACGUGUAAACUGAGGGCAUUAACAGUACCAUUGCGGCAAUGGCACAACGAUAACUUCAGGGACAUGGAUAAGAGACUUAUGCGGUUUGAGAAGGAGAUCACAAGGCUGGACAAUUUAGUUAGUGAUGGGAUCUAUGAUGGUACAACGGAGGCUAGAAGGAAGGUGCUGGUGAGCUUUUGUGAAAAAUGGUACAUUAGGAAGGAAAUCCACUGGAAACAGAUGUCUCGGUCCAAGCAUGCUGCCAACAUGGAUAAGAAUACCAGAUACUUUCAUAACAUUGCCUCGGCCAGAAGACGGAAUAACAGGAUCGAUGCCCUGAUGAUACAUGGAAGACUUGUGUGGAAUCAGGUGAGAAUAAAAUGUGCAAUUAGAGGGUUCUACAAGGAUUUAUAUCGACAGGAAUAUGUCUCGAGGAUUGGAGUCAGGGAUGGUUUGGUAAAGCAUAUCCAUAGAGAUGAGGCUGAAGCACUGGAAGUGAUGCCGUCGGAGGAGGAAAUCAAGGAGACAGUGUGGGACUGCGAAUCUUCCAAGGCCCCAGGAAGUGAUGGGUACAACAUGAACUUCAUAAAGAAAUGCUGGAAGGAUAUUGGGCCAGAAUUCAUUGCAGCGGUGCUGGGGUUCUUUCAAAGUGCUAAGUUACCGACGGAUGUGAAUGUAACGUGGGUGACACUAGCCCCAAAGUUUGAAGGUGCAAAGGGGGUGAAGGAUUUCAGGCUGAUUAGUAUGGUGGGGUACGUGUAUAAAGUAUUUUUGAAGGUGUUGGUGAGAAGGAUGCGAUCUGUUAUGCCGAGGUUGGUCGAAGAGACUCAGACUGUAUUUGUAAAGGGUAGGAAAAUUCAUGAUGAUGCACUCAUAGCCUGCGAGACGGUUCAUUGGCUGAAGACGCGGAAAAAGAAAGCGGCUAUUAUCAAACUGGAAUUUCAUAAAGCUUAUGAUAGAGUAAGAUGGAAUUUUGUUGAUAUUGUGCUCCAUAAAAUGGGCUUUGGCCAAAGGUGGAGGAAUUAG